ACCGGUGGCCCCACAACUGACACGUUAUUGCAGCGGUACCUCUUGUAACGAAAGCCACGCGUGCAGCCUGCUUGUUCCUUUUCUUCCUUAUUCGUCGACGAUCACCCCCUUUGGCUGAGCCAGUUUUUCCAUCCAUUUUCCACCCUCCCCCUUUCCACCCUAAGCAACACGGUCCGGCGCUAGUGUCGAGCGUCGUUCCCUUUCAUCUUGACGCGCGCGUGCCCUGCCCCCAUCGCGAGCGGCCGAUGUGCCCCGUCUGUCCUCCUCCUCGUCCUCCACCUCCGCCGUUUCGUCCAAGCAGUCGUUUUGCCUCGGGCCAACAACGGUGACGGCCCUCGUGCUUCUGCCUGUCUGGUAGCACGCACGGUUUCGCGGUUAGUGAAAACGGAUAGUUUGUGUUUCGUCUCGCGGGUGAGGAUCGAAGUAAGUGACAAAGAAGUAAGGAAGAUAAGUCGGCAACGCUGGAGUAUAGAGGAUUGUUCGACACGAGGGAAAGAUGGACGUUACCAGCGGAAUGAGGCCCAUUUUCGGCGGAUACCCGUUUCAAGGACAGGGACGUAUGAAUCAAUUGGGAGGCGUUUUCAUCAACGGCCGACCUCUUCCGAAUCACAUACGGCUAAAAAUCGUCGAAAUGGCAGCGGCUGGUGUUCGUCCCUGCGUGAUCUCGCGCCAGCUUCGCGUUUCUCACGGAUGCGUUUCGAAAAUUUUGAAUCGGUAUCAGGAGACCGGUUCCAUAAGACCGGGAGUGAUUGGUGGUAGUAAACCGAGGGUAGCCACCCCUGAGAUCGAGGCGAGGAUAGAGGAGAUGAAGAGGGACAAUCCUGGAAUUUUUUCGUGGGAAAUAAGGGAAAAACUGGUGAAGGAAGGUUUCACGGAUCCUCCAAGUGUCAGUUCCAUCAGCAGAUUACUUCGCGGUGGACGACCUGGUGACGAUGGAAAAAAAGAUUACACCAUCGAUGGAAUAUUAGGCGGGGGCCGGUGUGGCGAUGAGUCCGAUACUGAAAGCGAACCGGGUAUUCCUUUAAAACGAAAGCAACGCAGAAGCAGGACGACGUUUACCGGAGAGCAACUGGAGCAACUGGAGACAGCGUUUCAACGUGCUCAGUAUCCUGACGUCUACGCCAGGGAAGAAUUGGCCCAGAGGACAGGUCUCACGGAAGCGAGGAUCCAAGUAUGGUUCAGCAAUCGCAGAGCACGAUUGCGAAAACACGCUGGAAGCAUAGCUCACUCAGUGGCAAGCCUACCUCUAACACCCUGCCAAUACGCCAGUCACGAGCUCGCUCAAUUACCUCAGGUACCUCAAAUACCGUCUGGAAUAGCGCAAAUACCGACCACGUUGCACCACAGCCCGACCACGUUGCAACAAACGAGUGGCGGUGUUCACCAAGUGCCAGGAAGCAACGCGCAGAUGUCGGCCACAACCUCCGCCGCCCAGGUGCCCUCCACUAUCAGUAGCGCUCUUCAGGGGCACGCGGUGUCAAUCUCCGGCCACCUGAGCUCGUUGCAGGGACACGCGAUGCAGCUUGGACAGGUACCAACGAUUCAACCUCCUGCUGCUCACGGGGCACCCACGACCCUUUCUCACAAUCCAGGGAACACCGAUUGGUCCAGGGCGCAACUCGGUUGGGGACAGUUCAAUCACUUCCAAGGUGAAUACACGUCGAGUCAUUCGAGUCAUCAGCAUUCCUCGCACGCGAGUCAUGCUGGUACACCGUCUUCUGGUACCGGGAAUUCUGCAUCGGCGGCGGAAUGGUACGAUCAGGGCUACGAUUAUUCUCAACACGCUCAGCUCAACUAUCAUCGAAGCGUGGGCGGCAUAUUUUAACGGGGCGAUGAUUGCACGGGCAUUAGUAAAAGUCAGUCAGGGGUAUCGAUCGAUCCCCGUUUCGUUCGUUUCAUGAAUUCACUUACGGUUCCACCAUCCUUCUCCGCCACUCAUCUUUCGUAAGUUAGGCAGGUUCCAAUUCUUUCGACUCGGGCAAUUAAUAUUGUCUUUCGAUCCCGUUUUCUUUCGAGUGGAAAUGGGUCUAUCGUCGUGGUAACGGGAAUGGUAGACAAGUAGACCGUGGACGUUUUUAUGCAAAUGUGAAUUUUUAUAUAAGAACGGAAUUAGAAAGAAGUGAUAAUGUUUCAUCGUGUCGACGAAACGUUCUAUAGGAUUUUUUUUCUUUUUUUUUUUUUUUCCUUCUUCUCCUAUAUUUUCAAUAUUUUCGAUGAAUGCAUAAACACUUUCGAUGGUCUUCGAUGGAUGUAAUUCGUGGAUUUCUAAUCGGUGAGUCAGUCUAAGGAAAGUACCUAAUUCUUGAACGAUGGCUGCAAGUAUUUUUAUUUGCGCAAUUAUUUUCCGUGGAAAAUAUUCGAUGUGAGGAUAAUUAAAUUUUUUAAUGUAAAUAAUUAUAAAAUUCGAUGCAAUACGAUUCGAAUAACGACGCAUUUUCUAAUGGUUCAAUUGAUAAUGUUUUUGAAUCAAAGAGUAAUGUAUAGGAAUAUAGAGAGAUAUUAUUUAUUAAAUUAUUAAUUGUUUUAUUCGAGAAAUGAAUAUUGAACGUGGAAUUAAUUUUUAUAUUUCUAGUUAAUAGAUUCGUUGAAGAUAAAUUUUGGUGAGAAAAUAUGGUGAACGUAGAAACUAGAAAUUUUCCUCAUUGCUCAUUAAUUAGGUAAAGGAAAAGAUUUACAGAUCGCACGAGUUUUGUCUAUUGUAACUAUCUAUUUUUGUAAAUAAAUCAAUGUACAUAAAUAUAUUUUUAUAUUUUUAAUAUUAUAAAUAACAUUGAUCGAUGUAAGGAAUAUUUUUUAUAAGUAGAUAUA